GUACAGUCUGAACACUGAAGGUGUUCCUUGUAUGAGACUGUAAAUUAUCAGUCAAUAUGACCGAAUCCAUGGAUACGACAGCGAGGAAAUAAUGGACUCUAUAUGUAAACUAUGUACUUGCACAUAGUCUGCUUGGGGCUGGGUACCCAUAUCAGGUAGUCGUUCGGUUACGUUUAUUGGGAGAAUUUGAAGGGGAUCAUGCAAAACUGAGUUGUUCAAAAGUCAUCACGGGAAAAGACACCUGCGGUGAUCAGGAAAGCGGUCGGACGUGGCUAACAAAUUUAGCUCAACUCUGGACGACAACACUCAGGAAUAAUAUUUGAGAAUAGAAAGAAAUUCAACUUCUAAUUGAUGAACAAACUUUACACGACAAUAAACACAUGAUAUACUGUCAUUUAUAAAACGCCGCAGUCACUUUAAACCUUGGUUUCGUGAUCGAAGAGAGCUCUUGUCGGAUCAUGUCCGUAAACGAGUUAUAUUCAAAGUACACUCGGGUGUGGAUCCCAGACCCAGAGGAUGUGUGGAGAGGUGCGGAGAUCAUCAAAGACUACAAGGAGGGAGAUCCCAUCCUACACCUCAAACUUGAAGAUGAAUCGACGCUGGAGUUCCGGAUCGGACCCAAAGACAACGCCCUCCCCUUCCUCCGGAACCCUGACAUCUUGGUUGGGGAGAACGACCUCACAGCGCUCAGCUACCUGCAUGAGCCUGCUGUCCUGCACAACCUCAAAGUGCGCUUCCUGGAGGCCAACCACAUUUACACCUACUGUGGUAUCGUGCUGGUGGCCAUCAACCCCUACGAUCAGCUGCAGAUCUACGGCGAGGAGGUCAUCAAUGCCUACAGUGGGCAGAACAUGGGGGACAUGGACCCUCACAUCUUUGCUGUGGCUGAGGAGGCGUACAAACAGAUGGCCAGAGAUGAGAGGAACCAGUCCAUUAUAGUGAGUGGAGAGUCCGGAGCAGGCAAGACUGUCUCCGCUAAGUAUGCCAUGCGAUUCUUCGCCACCGUGGGAGGCUCAGCCAAUGACACCAACGUUGAGGAGAAAGUGUUGGCCUCCAGUCCCAUCAUGGAGGCUAUCGGAAAUGCGAAAACCACUCGCAAUGACAACAGCAGUCGGUUCGGGAAGUACAUCCAGAUUGGCUUUGACAGGCGUUAUCACAUCAUAGGCGCCAACAUGCGCACGUAUCUGCUGGAAAAGUCAAGGGUAGUCUUUCAGGCAGAGGAUGAGCGGAAUUACCACAUAUUCUACCAGUUGUGUGCUUCUGCUAGCUUACCGGACUUCAAAGACCUAGCCUUGACCAGUGCAGAAGACUUCAUCUUCACAUCGCAAGGAGAGAACAUCUUCAUUGAGGGGGUGAAUGAUGCUGAGGACUUUGAGAAGACCAGAGAAGCGUUAACACUACUGGGUGUAAAGGAGAGCAAUCAAAGCAGCAUCUUCAGAGUCAUUGCUUCUAUCCUGCACCUAGGAAAUGUAGAGAUCUGCCCUGAGAGAGAUGGAGAAUCCUGUCACAUAUCGAAGGACGAUCCUCACUUGGCCCACUUCUGCCGUUUGCUGGGGGUGGAGCUGGAGCAGAUGGAACACUGGCUGUGUCACCGGAAACUGGUCACCACCUCCGAGACCUACGUCAAGAGCAUGUCGUGCAAGCAGGCGGCCAACGCUCGCGACGCGCUCGCCAAGCACAUCUACGCGCACAUGUUCGACUGGAUCGUGGAGUACGUCAACAGGUCCCUGCACACCUCCUCCAAACAGCACUCCUUCAUCGGAGUCCUGGAUAUCUACGGGUUUGAGACCUUUGAGAUAAACAGCUUUGAGCAGUUCUGCAUCAACUAUGCCAAUGAGAAACUUCAGCAGCAGUUCAACCAGCACGUGUUCAAGCUGGAGCAGGAGGAGUACAUGAAGGAGCAGAUCCCCUGGACACUCAUCGACUUCUACGACAACCAGCCGUGUAUCGACCUGAUUGAGGCCAAGCUGGGCAUCUUGGACCUACUGGAUGAAGAGUGCAAGGUGCCGAAAGGGACAGAUCAGAACUGGUGCCAGAAGCUUUUUGAUCGCCUUUCAAGCCGCGUCCAUUUCCAGAAACCCCGGAUGUCCAACACGUCUUUCAUUAUCAUUCACUUUGCUGAUAAGGUUGAGUACCAGUGUGAGGGUUUUCUGGAGAAAAACAGAGACACUGUCUACGAGGAACAGAUCAACAUUCUGAAGGCCAGCAAGUACCAGCUCGUGGCGGAUCUGUUCCAGGACACUAGUAAAGACAGCAGCAACAUCACGAUUACCUCAAGCAAGUCCGCCAAGAUCAACGUGCGGUCGGCCAAACCGACUCCCAAAGUCCCCAACAAGGAGCACAAGAAAACCGUGGGCCACCAGUUCCGCAGCUCCCUGCAGCUCCUCAUGGAGACCCUGAAUGCCACCACCCCCCACUACGUCCGCUGCAUCAAGCCUAAUGAUGAGAAGGAGGCGUUCAUGUUUGACGCCGGCAGAGCGGUGCAGCAGCUCAGAGCAUGUGGAGUGCUGGAGACCAUCCGCAUCAGCGCUGCUGGUUACCCGUCAAGGUGGACGUACCCAGACUUCUUCAACAGAUACAGAGUCCUCAUGAAGAAGUCUGAUAUGACCUUAGGGGACAAGAAGCUGGUGUGUAGGAACCUUCUGGAGACACUGAUCAAGGACCCAGACAAGUUCCAGUUCGGUAAGACCAAGAUCUUCUUCCGUGCUGGCCAGGUGGCUUACCUGGAGAAACUGAGGGCCGACAAGUUCCGCAAUGCCUGCAUAAAGAUCCAAAAGACGGUGCGAGGCUGGCUCCAGAGGGUCCGCUACCGGAAAAUACGCAAGUCGGCCAUCACCCUGCAGAGAUACGGCCGGGGCUACAUGGCCCGCAGGUUGGCGGAGAGGCUGCGUCUUACCCGAGCAGCACUGAUCUGUCAGAAGCAGUAUCGUAUGGUCCGAGAGAGGAGGGAGUACCUGAGAGUGAGACAGGCUGUUAUCACCAUCCAGGCCUAUACCAGGGGCAUGUUCACACGCGCCAUAUUCCACGAGUUCCUUCUUCACCAUAAAGCCAUGGUCAUCCAGAAGCAUGUCCGAGGUUGGCUCACAAGGAGGAAGUUUGUGCGGGCGCGGAACGCCGCCAUCACCAUCCAGUGUGCCUACCGCCGCCUGCGUGCCAAGCGAGAGCUCAAACAGCUGAAGAUCGAGGCGAGGUCCGCCGAACACCUGAAGAAGCUCAACACGGGCAUGGAGAACAAGAUUGUCCAGCUGCAGAGGAAGAUGGACGACCAGGCCAAAGAUCUAAAGACUCAGAAUGAGCAACUGGUGGUGGCCAAAGCCUCCCUGGACUCAGAGGUCAACAAGCUGCAGAAGGAGCUGGAGGUGAUGCGCAGUCGCCAGGGAGACGGCAGCCAGCUGACUUCCCUACAGGACGAGCUGGAGAAGCUGAGGGCGGAGCUCCAGGAAGCGCACGCCCACAGGAAGAAGCUGGAGGAGGAGUACAGCAGCGAGAAGAUGGAACUGGAACAGAGAGUGGAGGAGCUGGAGAGAGAGAAUUCCAUGCUGAAGAGUGAAAAGGAGGACAUGAACCGAAAGAUUCUGCGCCACUCCAAGAGCACAGAAGACCAGGAGAGCAGUGCAUCCCAGAGCGUUGGCCGGGUCCAGGCUGAGCUGGAUGAGGAGAGGCAGCGUUAUCAGAACCUGCUCAGGGAAUUCUCCAGGCUAGAGCAGAGAUAUGACAACCUGCAGGAGGCCAAGUUCCAGCCUGGCCACAGGAGGAACAACUCCAACCAGAGCAGCCUGGAGUCCGACUCCAACUAUCCCUCCAUCUCCACCUCCGAGGUGGGAGACACGGAUGAUGCCAUCCAGCUGGUGGAGGAGAUGGGAGCGGAGAAGGCAGCCAUGGACAUCGGUGUGUUCAUGAAGCUCCAGAAGCGCGUCAGAGAGCUGGAAAUGGAGAGGAAGAGACUGCAGUCCAACCUGGAGAAGAUGGAGGACCAGGCUUUGCGCAAGGGUACUGAGCCAAAAACCACGUCAGAGCAAGACAGUUCUGACCUGGCCUACAACAGUCUCAAGAGACAAGAGCUGGAAUCUGAGAACAAGAAGCUGAAGAAUGACCUGAACGAACUGAGAAAGGCAAUCGCAGACCGCGCCUCCCAGAACAGCUCCUCCAAUGAACUGCAGGAAGGCUACAACCUGCUGCUCAGCCAGCUCAAGGCUGCCAAUGAGGAACUAGAAGUGCGCAAGGAGGAGGUUCUUAUCCUCAGGACUCAGAUUGUCAGUACAGCCCAGCAGAAAGAGGAGAAAUCCAAUCACAUAGAAACCAAUGACGAGUUAGAGUGGACCAACAGCAAGAAGCCCAUAGACAAGGAGCAGGCUCUGCAGGCCUACCAUGGGCUCUGUGAGUCUAAGAAGCUGCUGGAAGCCCAGCUCCAGUCUCAGACCAGGAAGCAUCAGGAUGAGAUGACAGCGUUCCAAACCCAGAUUGAGCUGCUGAAGGACGACAUAGAGAAGAAGCAGGAGAUGUUGAACCACACCAUGUCUCUGUCCCCUGAGGCUCAGGUGGAGUACAGCGUCCAGCAGGAGAUAACCCGGCUCACCAACGACAACCUGGACCUAAAAGAGCUUGUGGAGAAACUGGAGAAGAACGAGAGGAAGCUGAAGAAGCAGCUGAGGAUCUACAUGAAGAAAGUACAGGAGCUGGAAGUGACCACAGCAGCCUCCCAGGCCACCAAGUCCAGACCAGAACUGACCCGUCAGGUGACUGUCCAGCGCCGAGAGAAGGACUUCGAGGGCAUGCUGGAGUACCACAAGGACGACGAGGCGCUGCUGGUCAAAACGCUCAUCACUGACAUGAAACCAAACGCCGUAUCGGCAACCGUCCCCUGCCUGCCUGCCUACAUCCUCUUCAUGUGCAUCCGCCACGCCGACUACAUCAACGACGACCAGAAGGUCCACUCUCUGCUCACUGCCACCAUCAACGCCAUCAAGAAGGUCCUAAAGAAAAACAACGAUGACUUUGAGAUGACCUCCUUCUGGCUGGCAAACACUAGUCGUCUGCUGCACUGUCUCAAGCAGUACAGCGGAGACGAGGCAUUUAUGACGCAGAACACGGCCAAGCAGAAUGAGCACUGCCUGAAGAACUUUGACCUUGCGGAGUACCGCCAGGUGUUGAGUGACCUGUCCAUCCAGAUUUACCAGCAGCUCAUUAAGGUGGCGGAGCACAGCCUACAGCCCAUGAUCGUGUCGGCCAUGUUGGAGAGCGAGUCCAUCCCCAGCCUGUCGGGGGUGAAGCCUUCAGGCUACCGGCACCGCUCCUCCAGCAUGGACACGGACGGGGACGGCCCCGGGAGCUACACCCUGGAGUCCCUGAUCCGACAGCUGGGCCAGUUCCACGGGGUGAUGGGCGAGCACGGGCUGGACCCGGAGAUAGUGGGCCAGGUGAUCCGGCAGCUCUUCUACAGCAUCAACGCCAUCACCCUCAACAACCUGCUGCUCCGAAAAGACGUCUGCUCCUGGAGCACUGGCAUGCAGCUGAGGUACAACAUCAGCCAGAUGGAGGAGUGGCUUCGGGGGAAGAACCUUCAACAGAGCGGGGCGGUGACUAACAUAGAGCCCCUAAUCCAGGCCGCCCAACUGCUUCAGGUGAAGAAAAAGACGUCCCAGGAUGCCGAAGCCAUCUGUUCCCUGUGCAGCGCCCUCACUGUGCAACAGAUUGUGAAAAUCCUCAACCUGUACACUCCGCUUAAUGAGUUUGAGGAAAGAGUCACCGUGUCCUUCAUCCGAAACAUCCAGAAUCAUCUCCAGGAUAGGAACGAAGUCCCGAUUCUCCUGGUCGACACCAAGCACACCUUCCCCGUCCUGUUCCCUUACACACCCUCUGCCCUCAGCCUGGAGACCCUGCACAUCCCUGCCAACCUCAGCCUGGAUUUCAUCACUCGGGUCUGAGGCUUCAGCAAGGUCUACCGCGGUCCUUGCUUCUUAGCGGGCAGAUGAAGAGUGAAACAGAGCUUCCACUAACCUUGCAAAUUUCCUUCCAGCUGUUGCUCUCACCAGCAGAUGGCGCUAACUCUACAGAAUUCAACGGAAGGCGGGGAGCUUUCCAGAUGACCAGAAAUAAAGUCUCCGUAUGAAUCAGAGUUUGUCUGAUAUCAAGUUAAACCGGUAUACUGGACCACAAAUGGGGCCUUUAGUUUGACUUCAACGGUGGACUGUUGAGAUCUAUUUAGAAUUUGUACUUCAAAGAUCUGCCCUGUCCAAAACAUUUAUAUUCCAUCCGUCAACGAGUCACUAUGGUCACUGAUUCCUUUUGCAGACGUAUUGAAUCAGCGUAGACGUGCCCUGUCACCCUUCCAUUGACAGGUCAUUCCGUACCAUUUAGCCACUCCGCCAUGCAAAUAAGUUGGCACGUUUGGGUUUAUAUUCCGCUGGCUUGCCGUGUCAGUCCGGGCGUCCUUGGGAUACGUCAAUUAUACAUGUGACUCACUCCUCCCUGCACCCUUCCAGUGGACAGCAGAGCGGAGCAGGACUGCAUUGCAGUGGCUCUGGUUGGUACUCCCCUUUGGCUGGAGGACGCCUCCAUGUUCAGGGCCCUGCUCUCACUAAGGCUCCCAGCUGAUUCGGUGUCUUACGUAAGAGCUGUAUGUCGGCCUGUGUUCAGAGCGGGCCACACACUCCCAGAGUUAGAAGCCCUUCGACUGAGGUCUCUCAACAGAGAGAUGAGCUGUUGUUUUGCCGCGUUGCUUAAAUACAAUGUCAUCUUUUAAUGGGUUGAAAUGUGUGGGUUGGAGAAGUAAGCGGGACAGAUGCAUGUGUCAGUGAAGGGAAGCUGAAUGAAGCGUAUGCAGAGCAAGGUAAAGGCAAUUUGUAUCAGGGAGGUUUUAGCCUGGUUUUACGUCUGUUUGGGCUGUCUUUCCAAAUCCUGUGAGGUACGAUGAUGACAGGCAGAUGUGAAGCCAUGCUAGGACAGUCUUGGGAUUGACAGAGGGGUUAAGUUAAGUUAGAGACUGUUCAUCCAUGAGAAAAUCAGAAGUGGAACCAGACCAGAAGAGGAAGGUACAAUCCAAGAACUGCUGAUGAGAGUGGAGGAAGAACGAAUCCUCACUUCUAACAAUAACAUUCGUUUAAAAACAGUUCAUCCGUAUAAUUAAUCAGGAGCGGCGUUUGUCUGAUUUCUCAAAGGAAUCGGCAGCUUCUGUGUCGCCAUUUACUCCCUGUCACAGUGUGUCUAAACAUAAAUCCAUACAUGGAUGAGCCUUUUUGUUAAGAUGUGUGUCAGCUCUAUGAAACACAAGGAGGAGAAUAACAUAUAAUUUAUUCCACACCAGCUAUUCCUAUUAUAUACAGCUAAUACGUGCAUGGCUCUUCUAUGGAGUUGAGAGCUUGUCUUCAAACCACACAACAAUUAGUGACUGUCCUCUAGCCAGCAAUCAGAGAGAUCAGAUUUUACCAGCACAAACCUGUGUGGGGAAAGGUCUCUGGCUCCAGUGGCACCAAUGUAUACAGGAGCAUGCCUGAUUCACCUUGUGCUUAUAUUUGGUUUGGAAUAUGUUAAUGUGUUGUUGUCGUUUUAAUUACAGUUUAGCCUUUUAUGGUCAAGGGGGCAGGGUUUUUCCUAACACUACUCGUUCAUGUUUAGCGUCAUUCCCCUUCCUCUGCGUAUUUUGUGUAACUCUGUCUUCUGUCAGUUUGGGGACUUUAUGGCGGCCAUUUUCAGAUGCAGGUUCCUAUAACUGCCUCUCUGCUGCACUCUACCGUCAACUGGAAAGAACUUGGUAUUGCUCAUGUUAAGACUGGAAGUUCACCACGUUGCACUGCAUUCCACUAGGCCAUAACUCCCAGUCAUAUCUGUUGUACCAUAAGAGGCUGAGGGGUAUUGGUUUGACCGUGGUAACAUCCCCCGAGAGGCCUUCAUUCUAUGUACUCUGUGCCAUAACACUUUCAUAAAUGUAA